UUAAGAGAUCACGCAUCAUAAUGAUACAUACGUAUUGCCUAAAGGUUAAAUAGUGGAAGAUUUUAUAAGCUUGUUUUAAUCUGUUAAUGUCAAAGUGAAUUAUAUAAGAUAAAUAACUAUGACGCAAUUAAAAUACUAUUCAAUAUUAUCCAGAGUAAUAAGACAAGUUUAUUGCAAUGGUAAAGGAAAGAAUAAAUUUAUGUCGACACAAGGCCCUAAAAUAGAAACCAAAAGUAAUCCUGAUCCUGUUCAAAACUUAGGGCCUCAAAUGUAUGCUCCUACCAAUCUAGAUAAAAGGAUGUUAGUAUGGGUGAAACGAUAUCCAUCUAUGGCUGAAGUACCUUCGCAAGUGACACUUGAUUGUAUGUUGCAAGCACGAUCCAAAGUUAGAGUACGCGUAUGCAAUAUUAUGAUGGUAAUCUCUCUAAUAGGAUUUAUAGCUGCCGCCAUAAGCGGAAAAAGAGAAGUAGCAUCAGGAAAUACGCUUUUUAAAAGAAAUCAAGAUUGGCAAGAGAAUUUACGUAAAGAACAUGCAGCAGCUACUAAUACAAAUAAUAGCUCUUAAAAUCUAUAUCAAUGUUGUUUUUUCAUUCAAUGGAUAUUAAUUAAUAUAACAUGAUAAAAAUUAGAAUAUACGAAUAUAUACUUUUAUUAUGUGCAGUAUUUUAAAAAUCGUUAAGUGUUAUCGCUCAAUGAUAUUAGUAUUUAGACUAGUUUUGAAAAAUAGUCUCAACUGUAUUUAUUACACGUAAAAGUAAAAGCUAUUUUUAUGAAGUAGCCUUAGCAACAAAUAUAUAUAUAUAUAUAUAUAUAUAUAUAUAUUUCAGUACGCAAAUUUCUUUAUAUUUCAAUAAUAUAACUGUCACAUGUGCAUACAUAGAUCUACUAAAGUGUCAUCAUUGUUAUAAUUACUUUCAUACUUACACUGUUAUUAUAUUCGUGUUAUUGUCGUGGAAAAAUAUUUUUUUCAAUUCAAAUGUAUUUUGUUUGUAAUUGUUUGAUGUUUUCAUUUGUUUCUUUUUAUUAUAUUUUAUUUAUAUAAAACAUGUAUAUAUAAUAAAGAUCAUGAAUAGUAAAUCUCCA